GCGCCAAACCCGGCCCUUCCCAUUGGGUGGCCACACCCCCGUUCCCCGUGACGUCAGCGCUGGGAGGCGUCACCACCGCCGGGGGCCCGGGGCCACCGCAGAGUCGUCGGACACAGGUGUCCCCACGGGGCAUCAUGCCGCUGGGGCAGGAUGGAUCCAGCUGGAAGAAGAGGACUGAGGAUAUUCGUCGGAUCUAUGAGUUCCGGGAGGUCCUGGGCACGGGGGCCUUCUCCGAGGUGGUCCUGGCGGAGGAGAAGGCGACGCGGAAGCUCGUGGCCAUCAAGUGCAUCGCUAAGAAGGCGCUGGAGGGGAAAGAGACCAGCAUCGAGAACGAGAUCGCCGUCCUGCACAAGAUCAAGCACCCCAACAUCGUGGCCUUGGAUGACAUCUAUGAGAGCAGCACCCACCUCUACCUCAUCAUGCAGCUGGUCUCGGGGGGAGAGCUCUUUGACCGCAUCGUCGAGAAGGGUUUCUACACGGAGCGGGAUGCCAGCGCCCUGAUCCGGCAGAUCCUCGAUGCCGUCAAGUACCUGCACGACAUGGGCAUCGUCCACCGCGACCUGAAGCCCGAGAACCUGCUCUAUUACAGCAUGGACGAGGACUCCAAGAUCAUGAUCAGCGACUUCGGGCUGUCCAAGAUCGAGGGCUGCGGCAGCGUCAUGUCCACGGCCUGCGGCACCCCCGGCUACGUGGCCCCCGAGGUGCUGGCGCAGAAGCCCUACAGCAAGGCGGUGGAUUGCUGGUCCAUCGGAGUCAUCGCCUACAUCCUGCUCUGCGGUUACCCCCCGUUCUAUGAUGAGAACGAUGCCAAACUCUUUGAGCAGAUUCUGCGGGCCGAGUAUGAGUUUGAUUCGCCCUAUUGGGAUGACAUCUCGGAUUCGGCCAAAGACUUCAUCCAGCACCUGAUGGAGAAGGACCCCUGCAAGCGCUUCACCUGUGAGCAAGCCCUACAGCAUCCCUGGAUCGCCGGGGACACGGCGCUUGAUAAGAACAUCCACCAGUCAGUGAGCGAGCAGAUCAAGAAGAACUUCGCAAAGAGCAAGUGGAAGCAAGCCUUCAACGCCACGGCCGUGGUGAGGCACAUGAGGAAGCUGCAGCUGGGAACCAGCCAGGAGGGCCCCAUGCAGACAGCACCAACCAGCCCCGGAGAGCAGCCGCGGGGGGGCACCAGCAACGGGUCACACCACGGGCGUCUGCCCCCAAGCAGAGCCCAGCGUCUGCCCCCGCACUGAGCACGGCCCCACACGGACACGUCCUGGGGGGCUAGGGGGGGGGCCCGGCCUUCCCAUGGGCACCGUGUGGGGUGGGGAGCCGGGGGGGGGGGCACUGUGGAUACACCCAGCCCUGAUCCCUUGAGCUGUGUGGGGCUGCUUCACACUGCAGGCUCAUAGCAGAGCUCUGCACUGGGGCAGCCCCCAGGAGAGCCCCCCCCGCACCCUGGCUUGGGGCUGUGUCCUGGGCCCCCCAUCACACACAUCCCCCCGUCACCCCACGCCUGCCCCGGCACUGCCCCACACCCCAGCAUGAUCAAGGAGUUUUCCAAAUGGAUGUUUCUAUUUUAAUGCUUGUAAUAAAAGACAAGAGGCCAACAC